CUGGAAAUUCCCCCUUCCUGCCAUUUAAAUACUCCGAGUAGCAGCUGCGCUCAGCGACGCGACAGACAGAAAACCGGGUUAGGAGCGAAGCUAUGUAGCGUUCGGCGCCAAGAACCAGAUAAUAAAGAAGGUGAGGGGUGUCGCGUGGAGUCUUAAAUGGGAAAUCUGCUCGGCGGCUGGCGCUUCAAAGAGCCGAACACCGUUGAGGAAUGCGACUCGACGUGGGGGUCGGACUCGGAGGGCGACGAGCUGGCGGCUGAGGACGACAGCGGCAUCUCGGACUCCGUCAGCCCGGCGGAGAGCGAGCGGGCCGUCGGAGACGCGUCCCCGCAGCUGACUGAUUCCCCAGAGUCCACUCCAAAGAUGAAGAGAAGUUUUUAUGCUGCCAGAGACCUCUACAAAUACCGUCACAGCUACCCGAACUUCAAAAGAUCGCGUCAACCCAACGAGUACCGUAACCUGCGCUUCUACUUGAACAAGAUCCCUCUAAUACCAGAUGGUAUCUAUAUAGAGGAGAUUCUGACAAAGUGGAGAGGCGACUAUGACAAACUGGAGCACAAUCACACCUACAUUCAGUGGCUUUUCCCAUUAAGAGAACAAGGGCUCAACUUCUACGCACAUGAACUGACUCAGGAUGAGAUCAAAGAAUUCCAAAGCACUCGGGAAGCUAAGCGGAGAUUCCUGGCGGCCUAUUCCCUCAUGUUGGACUUCUACGGUAUCAGACUUCUGGAUAAAAGCGGGAAUGUUGCCCGUGCUUCCAACUGGCAGGACCGUUUCCAGCACCUUAAUGAGUCCCAGCACAACUACCUGCGGAUCACUCGCAUCCUGAAGUCCCUGGGCGAGCUUGGCUACGAGGCCUUCAAGGCCCCGCUGGUCCGGCUCUUCCUGGAGGAGUCGUUGUGCCACAACACCCUCCCAAACAUGCAGCACAGCAUCCUGGAGUACUACGUCUACACCAUCCGCCUGCCGGCCACCCGCCGGCACCUGCUCCGCUUCGCCCGCCAGCACUACAGGCCCCCGCAUGCCUUCCUCUGGGGCCCGCCGCCGAAAAGGCGAGGUGGAAGCGCCGGCAGCGUUGGCGCUGGAAGCAGCGGGAUCCGAGCCCCCGCCCCGACACCAGAGCAGCACAGGCGAGUGGAGGACGGCAUCGCUUUCGCCUGUCACCAGGAUGCUGUAAUGUGCCAAGACCUGGCAGUAGGAAGGAUCUACGCAGGCAUUGGGACUAACAUGACGGGGUUGGAUGCUGUGUCGAUUUUGGCGGGCGCUCGAGAAGAGAGAAAUGAGUAUGACGAGACUUUUCCUUUGUAGAAAACAGGAUUUGAUUGUGAAAGCAAAAAAAAAAACGUUUUACAAAUUCACCAAGGCAAUUUGAAGGAGAAAUGUAUUUAUUUGUUGGAAUUUGAGUCAUUAGAAUCAAGUCAUCUUAAGGGCUUAACAUACUACUACUCCUGAUAGUAUUACAAGAAUUCUUUGAAGAUUCAUUCAUAUUCAGUUUAGUGUUAUUAUUAAUUCAAUUUGAACGAAUGGAAGGAAAGUACGAGCCAAGCCUGUCGAUCUUGCCUUGGGAUUAAAUCUCAAAACCAUCUGAAGCAGUAAAACCACACUUGCGUUGUGGAAAGAGCAGCGAACACAUCCAAGCAGUUUAAGAGAAGUUCGCCUUAAUUAACGUUGUGCUUUACACCUACUGUAAAUGUCAAGCGUGGAUGGUAUCAGUCCAGCUUACGUAUCAGACAUUGUAGUUGCAGCCUCCACUGACCUUCUUUUGUACAGGCACUAUUAUGUGAGUUUUUUACCAGUUUGUUUUAAUAUUUCAUAACAUGACAAGUGGGGCAGACAGAAGAUGAAAAGCGCCGUGGAAGAGUAGAUUUUCAUAGCAAUACCCUGAAUCUAUGUUUGAAACCUCGUUUGGUAGUCUACCAGCAUGGCAACUCAAUAUUUAAUCUGGAAAAAAGCAAAAAAACAUUUGUUGGUGAGGUAAUUUCUAUGAGAAAUAGUAAAGAAUGGGAGCCUUUAUGGUGACAUUGUGUAAAUUGCGACUGACUUUGUCCAGGGUGAGAAGGAUCAAAAGUGUAUGAUGCCGGAUUUAAUAUGCCAAAGAUGAUGAAACUGCUGGUUAGAGGAAUUGAAUGCGUCCAGCAUUAGCGCUGUGCUGGGUCUGCAAGGACACAGCCUCCAACUGUAUGUUAUGAACGCCAGCAUCACUUGUUUGUUCACACAUUUGUCAUAAUUAGUAUUGAAUUGAAUUUUCCACCUUGACCCUAUUUUAUACACAUCAUAACAUCUGGUCCUGAAUGCAGCAAAUCUCCGCAGGCUAAAUAGUAUAAAUAAUAUCAUAAUAAAGUUCCCUCCCAGAACAGACCUUUUCAAAUACUUCUGAAUUCUUACUGUAUGUAGACUGAAUAGUAAUAAUGUUUUUUCUACCCACAAUAAAAUGGCAUUUGAAACUUUACAUUACGAUGUGACAGGCCUGGUUUAGUCCUGUGGCAACUAUAAAGCAAUGUGACAGCAGGGAACAAUACUGUGCUAAACCUACUGCCUCCACUCUGUCUGCUCCAGGCUGCAACGUGUCACGUUAAAACCUCCCAACUGUCCUGACCACGGUCACUGGACGUGAAGCGCGAAUGCAGGAGAUGGGUGCUGUGAUUCCCUUUUGUGACAAUCUAUGUCUUCCUUUCAAAUGCACUGUAGGUUUCUCUAAAUCAUUAAUACGCAAUAUUGAUAAUUUACAGAUAGCCUCUUCUCAUACUUUCUAGAUUAGCAAUGAGUUCAAGGGAGAGCAGAUUUUUCUGCUCAUCUGUGACACCAUCGUCUCAAGUUUAUGAAAACAUCGGCUGGAAAUGAAGCAGUUUGUUUGAGUUUCUGAUCUGAUUUCAAACACAGGUAGCAGAGUUCCUGGUUGCAAUACGUAGAUUCACGCAAUAUGAAAAGCAAUGUGACUUGAGAGACAGUAAUGCACACAAUGGAGACUUGGACACUGCUUCCUGACUCUUCAGCUGUUCUUCCUGUAGGAUAAGACCUUGAGGUCCUUACGAUGCUUGCCAGCCAAGUAUAUCUAAUGUAAUUGUAAAAAUAAAUUUUCAGGUGAAUUGUAUGAUUUAACGUAUGUUCAUAAAUCGUAAUUUUUAAUAUAAUGUAUAUAAACAGUGUGUGACUGUGUAUGUCAUUCUUAAGUGCCUCUUUUUGUAUUUUUCUGUUCAUUGUGUCUAUACAUCGUGUUUUUGUACAGCAUUUUUAUAUAUAUGUACAUUCUAGUCAGUUACAGUAUUAUUGGACAGCAACAACAUAAACAAAUUCCAUAACAGUUAGUACAGAGGAAAUGUAACGCAUAUACUUACAGUAUACUUGAAUCUUGUUGUUUGUACUUGGUUAUUUAUUCAUAGAUGAAUAUUCUGUACACUAUGCCUGCUGAACACAACAGUGUUUUCUCAGUGUUUUUCAGUAAAGAUCCACCACAAGAGCAGGACGUUUGUCCUAAAAUGUGAAAUUCGUCACACUCAAUGCAAAUAAAAUUCAAGUUGAAAAAAGGA